CAGUAACCUGAAAGUAGCUUAGCUGUUGAGGGGAGGAGCAGCAGAGAUAACCUGUUAAUAAUAAGGGCACAUAAGGGGCACCCUGGUUCUGAUAGCUGGACACUCAAACUGAACUGGAUGCACACACUGCAGAAGAAACAAACAUGGCAGGUUUACUGGGCAGUUAUACUUUACCUUUUCUUGGCGUAAGCAUUGUCAUUGCAGCUGUGACCUACUUCACCUACAAGAUGCUGAGCAGUUACCUGCACAAAUAUUAUGAGAUGAAGCCUAUUCCAGGGAUUGAAGGAACAUAUCCCUUCAUCGGAGAUGCACUGAUGUUCAAAACCAACGCAGGAGAUUUCUUUGGUCAAAUCAUAGAAUUAACACGUGAGUUUGGACAUUUACCGCUGUUUAAAAUCUGGGUUGGACCAAUUCCGUUUGUUGUUCUCUUUCACGCUGAAACUGUAGAGAAAGUUCUGAGUAACCCCAUUCACCUGGACAAGGCCUUUGCAUAUAAAUUUCUUCACCCAUGGCUUGGAACUGGUCUUCUAACCAGCACUGGAACAAAGUGGCGGCAGAGGAGGAAAAUACUGACGCCGACCUUCCACUUUUCCAUUCUGACGGACUUUUUGCAAGUGAUGAACGAGCAGGCCGAAAUUUUGGUGGAAAAGCUGGAGAAGAAGGCUGGGAAAGGUCCAUUCAACUGUUUCAGUGAUAUCACCCUUUGUGCUUUAGACAUCAUCUGUGAAACUGCAAUGGGAAAGAAAAUAUAUGCACAGAGGGAUUCAGAAUCCGAGUAUGUGAAGAGUGUGUACAAAAUGAGUGACAUUGUCAGCCACAGGCAGAGGACGCCUUGGUUUUGGCCUGAUUUUGCGUAUUACCACUUUGGCAAGGGCAAGGAGCAUGACAAAAACCUUAAGAUCCUGCACUCCUUUACACAGAAAGUGAUACAUGAGCGAUCAGAGAGCAUGUCCUACAGAAACUCAGCCAGCGACUCUGACCUCGGCAGGAAGAAGCGACAGGCUUUUCUGGACAUGCUCUUGAAGACCACAGACGAUAGCGGCAACAAGUUGAGCCAUCAGGACAUUCAGGAGGAGGUGGACACGUUUAUGUUUGAGGGUCAUGACACCACAGCUGCUGCAAUGAACUGGGCUCUACAUCUUCUGGGUACACACCCCGACGUGCAACAAAAAGUCCAACAAGAGCUUCAGGAGGUGUUCGGUACAUCUAGUCGAUCCAUAACCAUGGAGGACCUGAAGAAGCUCAAAUACCUGGAUUGUGUGAUCAAGGAGGCCCUGCGACUGUUUCCCUCAGUGCCUUUCUUUGCUCGAAGCCUCUGUGAUGAUUGCCAUUUCAAUGGUUUCAAGGUUCCCAAAGGCGCAAAUGCAAUCAUCGUCACGUACUCUCUUCAUCGUGAUCAGCGCUACUUCCCAGAGCCCGAGGAGUUCCGACCUGAUCGGUUCGUUCCUGAGAACUCAGCUGGAAGGCCUCCAUAUGCAUAUGUCCCUUUUUCAGCUGGGCUACGAAACUGCAUAGGUCAACGCUUUGCACAAAUGGAGGAAAAAGUGGUUCUGGCAUCAAUUCUUCGCAACUUCAACGUUGAAGCUUGUCAGAACCGAGAAGAACUUCGUCCCGUAGGCGAGCUCAUCCUACGACCAGAGCAGGGCAUCAUAAUCAAACUCGAAAAGAGAUCAUACUAACUUAACCAGCUCACCCACUCAGGGCUGUUAGUGUUGGGUCAUAGAGACUUGGUGAUUUAAAGCUAUUAAAAAGAAAAUAUGUAACUUUUUCAUAUUUUUUAAUCAUUUUCUUGAGCUUGCAUGUGCUAAAAUGACCCUUCACAUGGUUAAUGGAAUGUAUUCUGUGGCCAGAAUAUCGUUUUUUGCAACUUCAGAGUGCCGGGCCACCACCUGUUAGAAGAAGAAAAUAACGAGCUUACAUACCUGGGACUGCAGUCUGCUUCCAGCACAUUUUCUGCCUUUUUUAGAUCAUGAACGCAGCCGAUUUGUUUGAUUUAGUGAAGAAUCACCCAUCUACUAAUGAAGGCUAAGGAGACAUUUCAGCUGUUAAAUUAAGAUGUUAAAAAGACGAACGCACGGCGAGGAGAUACGUUUCCCUUUUGCUUCGACCACAGAUAAUUAAUACCAGACACUAUAGGCAGCAAAAAGCAACCAAAACUGCUUAGCAUCCCUGUAAAAGUGUUCAAAACUGACACAUCUUUUAGUCUGAACGUUUCCAAUGCAUGUUUUUGCUAAAUGCUGCCUUUUAGAUUUGUUCUUCUGAAAAGUAAAAAUCCAAGUGUCAUAGAAUUAAAUGAAAAAAUACUUUGAGCGUUUAAUUAGAACUAUUCUAUUCCUUUUAACUUGGUGAGAAUCGUUACAUUUAGCUUAAAAACAUAAAAAUGCUUCACGAUGAUUUGUUUGUUUUCUUUUUCUGCUCGUCUGGAGAAAACAAAUAUCACAGGAUUUACUGCCAAUAUUUGUUGCAUUAAGAAUUUCUGCAGCAGAUUAACAUUCCCCUGUUACUAUCAGUUUUUUUUCAACAUUAUUAUUGUCACUGGAAUAGUUAGAACUGUACAGAGAUAAAAGAUGAAAAUAAAGUUAUUUUAGUUUCAGGGUA